AUUCUUUUUUUUUUCACAGUUUAGUGUAAAAAAGUGUUUAAAAAAUCAUAUUUAAAUGAAAUCAGAUUUAAAUCCUGAGUGUGACAAUGAAGAUUCAUUUAAUAUUCUGCAGAUACUUGGAAAAGGUGGUUGUGCAACUGUAUAUUUAGUAAAGCACAAGAAAACUGCAAGACUUUUUGCUAUGAAGAGAAUUGAAAUUGAUCCUUCUAAAAAAACAAGAAGUAAAGAGCAUGUUUUGAAAGAAGCACAACUUUUAUUUCGACUUAAACAUCCUCAUAUUGUAUCAUGCAGAAACUUCUUUAUUGGUAGAGAUUCUCAAUAUUUGUCUAUUAUACAGGAUUAUUGUGAAGGUGGAUCUAUUUAUGAUAAAAUUGUAGAAGCAAAGCAUAAACAAAAAUUAUUACUAGAAACAUUAGUUUUAAAGUGGUUUAUCCAAAUAUUAAUGGCUGUUCAGUACAUUCAUUCACAGAAAAUAUUGCAUAGGGAUAUUAAGACUCAAAAUGUAUUUCUCACUAAGCAAGGUUUAGCAAAACUAGGUGAUUUUGGAAUUUCUAAAGAAAUGGAAAGUACUGUUGAUUUAGCUCAAACUUGUGUUGGUACUCCCUGUUAUUUGAGUCCUGAAGUAUGUCAAGAUAUGCCUUACAGCUCAAAAGCAGAUAUUUGGGCUUUAGGAUGUAUGCUUUAUGAAAUGUGUGCUUUGAAUUACCCUUUUGAUGCAACAAAUAUAGUUACACUAUAUUAUAAAAUAGUUAAAGGAAAUUAUGUGCAAGUUCCUAGCAAUUUUUCUCAAGAUAUUUGUCAACUAAUAAAACUGAUGUUAGCAAAAAAAGCUGAUGAAAGACCAAGUGCUACAGCAGUAUUAAAUCUCCCAUUUAUUCAACAGAAUUUACAUUUAUUUCUAAAAGACUGUGAAUCAAUUCAAGAGAUAAAAGAAAAAAUUUCUCGUGACCAAAAAAGGUUUAAAGAAAAGUUUAAAAGUCCAAGUUCGUUUAAUUACAAAGAAAGUAGUGUAGUUUUACCACAAGUUCUAACUUCCAAGGAAACAGGCGUGUAUGCAGAUGAUUUUAUUGAUGAAAGUGAAAGUGAUUAUUCAGAUGAUUUUGAAGACGAAAGUUAUGAGUAUGAUGAUGAUUUUGAAGCUGAUGAUGAAAAAGAGGAGUUUAAUGAUGUUUUGGUAAACGCUAGAGAGGAAGUGGAGAGAAAAAAUAGAGAAAUUGCUGAAGAUUUUUUUGAAGAAUCUCUUAAUGCAAACAAAGGUGCUUUUUUGAGACGUCACUGUGAAGAUGUGCUUGGAUCAUGCAUGUUUGAAAAAGUUGUGAAGCUUUGCCAACAGUAUAAAAGUAAAUCAAGAGACGACUUGACGAAUGUUUUAAAAAAGUUGGUCAAUGACGAACUACUGGAAACGUGCUACCUAAUUGAUGAACUUGAUAUCAACCUACCACAAAAGUGCACAUGAGUGCAUUCAUUUUUUAAAUUGAAUCUAAUUUUGUUUUUAUAUGAAUGAAGUUUUAUUUUUAA